AUUAUAAAGACGUAGGGUAAUAUCAAAUGUUUUUAGUUGCAAAUUAAAUCAGUGGCACAACGCACGUCUUUCAAUUUAAAAUCCCUCUAAACGAAAGUAGACCUUAACACAACCAUCAUAUGGUCGCAUUCGAGCCGAACGUCAUAACUACGGAGCAGUAAACAUAUCACCGGUGCCGUCGAACAAAAGAACCACAUUCCAGCGAUAAGGAGAUUUUAUAAAAACUACUUCGUUUUAUAUGGAUUAUGUUUUUCAAUGCAACAAAGUAACUAACGUCAUUACGAAAUAACAUCAAGUCAUACGAACAGUUUGUUGAAGCCUAGUUAAAAGUGAAAUUUAGUCAAGAAACCAUGAAUACUACUAAAGAACAACAACAAUAUCUAUCUAUACUGGAGGAUGGUGCUAAUUUAUUUAGAAAAACUCAAGCAAACUUGAAAAAGUGUCCAAAAGGGAGAUUGACGAAAGGUUACAUAGAAGCACGUGUUAAAAUUAUUGACGAGUAUUGGAUGUCAUUCAAGAACGCUCAUGAUGGAUUAAUUAAAGUGACACCUAAAGAACAAAAGGGAAUUUUACCAUACUUUCUCAAUGAAGAAUUCUUUAUAUACGAAGAAUUAUAUAGCUCAUUACAAGGUGAUUUGAAGGAUAUGCUUAUAUCGUUGUCGCAAGCGACCGCGAUGGAUUCGAGGAAUUCAAGUGUCAACAUGACUACAGCGCAUAAUAUAGUGCAUUUACCAAAAAUUCAAUUACCUAAAUUUAAUGGAAAUUAUGAAGGAUGGCCAACUUUCAAGGAUUUAUUUCUUUCUUUGGUGCACGAAAAUAAUGACCUCAGUGAUGUACAGAGAUUGCAUUAUUUAAAAACCAGUUUGAGUGGAGAAGCAGAGGUGUUGUUGACACAUAUACAAGUGACAUCCAGUAAUUACGCGACUGCAUGGAAUAUUUUGAAUAAGAGGUAUGGUAACAGACGCAUUAUAUUGAAUUGUAUUAUGAAACGGUUAUUCAACCAACGUAAAAUGGCUUUGCAGUCAGCAACCCAGUUAAAAGGCUUAUUAGACACUACUACAGAAUGUCUUAAUAACUUAAACAAUUUAAAAGUAAACACCGACUCUUGGGAUCAUGUAAUUAUAUUUCUACUCGUUCAGAAGUUUGACCCAGAGAUACACAAAGACUGGGAAGAAUAUGCCUACAAGGAAGACAGUGAAGUAUUACCUACCUGGAAUGAUAUAAAAAACUUCAUGGAGUCUCAGUUCCGCACCCUGGAAUUAGUAAUCGGCAUUUCUGCUAGCAAUCAUUUAAAAGAAAAACAAGUGAAAGAACGUUGUCACCAUGCUGCCUCACCAACUAUAGAGAAAUCAUGUAUGUUGUGUAAAGAAAACCACACGUUGUGUCACUGCAAGAAAUUUAUUGAUAUGAAAAUAAGUGAGAGAACUGAAUACGUAAAGAACAAACAUCUAUGUUUUAACUGUCUAGGAAUUGGACACUCGGUGAAGAAAUGUAGACUACCGAUAUCUUGUCAGAAAUGUCAUCGACGUCAUCACUCUCUAUUACAUGAGUCUAAGAACACAGAACCAACAGUUAUACCGAGCACUUCACAACCGUUGGCGUCACAGCAUGUAGUAGAAGAUAGAGAAACAGUUCAAGUGAACACAAUGAUCGCGUCGCAUCAUACAACUAGACGGGGAACGGCGCUACUAGCAACUGCGAUAGUGAACGCAACCAAUAGAGGAGGCCAUGUCAUUUCACUACGCGCACUGAUAGACCAGGGCUCUCAAGCGACAUUCAUAAGCGAAAAGGCGACUCAACUAUUGAAGCUAAAGCGACAACCAUUCAAAGGAAGUGUCGUAGGAGUGGGAUCUACGAGAACAGAGAUCAAACACGUGGUACAGCUUAAUAUAAGAUCACAGUGGAAGCAUAACUAUAGUUUACCAAUCCAAGCCUACGUGAUGUCGAAACAACUGACCACUAAGAUACCCACUAAAACAAUUACCAAACAACCAUGGCCUCACAUUGACGGGCUUAACUUGGCUGAUCCCAGUUAUUUAAAACCUGGGUCCGUAGACUUGCUAAUAGGAGUUAAGGAAUAUGCACAGAUUAUACAGCCAGACUUAAUAAAGGGUCCCCCAGGCACACCAAUUGCACAAAAAACCAACCUGGGUUGGAUUAUCUUCGGGGAUGUUUAUGAAAAACCACAAAACGAUACCUACCUUGUAAUGCAUCACCAAAUUGAUGUCGAUGAAAUUUUGAAAUCCAUGUGGGAAAUAGAUAUAGUCAAAGAUAGACACUUUACAAAAGAAGAAAAGAUGUGUGAAUAUAUUUACGAUAAAACAACAACUAGAAAUGAGGAAGGAAGGUACAUAGUUAAAUUACCUUUCAAAAUAUACAGUCCACAACUAAAUGAAAUGAGCACUAUUACAAAAUUACGAACACCUGAAGGGAACACAAGGGAAAUAGCAAAACAAAGAUUCUUGCAGCUUGAACGGAAGUUUAAAAAGUCAUCAGAUCUGAAAAGAGAAUACACCAAGGUUAUAAAUGAUUACAUAGAACAAGGUCACAUGGAGAAGAUACCUGAAAUAGAAACGGAAGUAAAAUCAGUCUACUUACCUCACCACGCUAUAGUCCGUACUGACAAGGAGACUUCUCGAACUCGCGUUGUUUUCGAUGCCUCCUGUAAGGGUACAAACAAUGUUUCACUGAAUGAAGAAUUGUUGAUUGGCCCGCAACUGCAAGACGAUUUGCGAAGCCUGCUCAUUAAAUGGAGGAUGAAGCGUGUCGGCUUCAUGGCCGAUAUCAAACAAAUGUAUCGCCAAAUACUUGUGAGUCAUGAGGACGCAGACUUCCAGCGAGUUAUUUGGAGACCUAAUGAAGAUGAUGAGUUAGGUGAAUACCGUUUGCUAAGAGUCACAUUCGGUACAGCAUCAGCACCAUAUUUAGCUGUCAGAACUCUUCACCAAACAGCUGAUGAUGAAGGAAGAGAUCAACCACUUGCUGUACAAUCCAUCAAAGAGAACUUUUACAUGGAUGACUGGCUUGAUGGAGCUGAUGAUACACAAACUGCUAUUGAUAUGGCUAAAACUGUCACAAAAAUACUACAAAGAGGCGGUUUCCAACUUACCAAAUGGUCGUCAAAUGAUAUUGAAUUCCUAGAAUCUAUAGAUAAAGCAAAAAGAUCAAAUAACGCACAUAUAGACAUGAAUCUUGAUGGAACAAUUAAGGCAUUAGGUAUUGUCUGGAAUCUAAAAACAGACACAUUUCAAUACAAUCUAACUUUACCAGAAGCUGAAAAUUAUAAUGUAACAAAGCGAGCAAUAUUAUCAGACAUACAAAGACUUUUUGAUCCACUUGGUUGGAUUGCACCAAGUACAGUAAUGGCAAAAAUACUGUUACAGAAACUGUGGCUAGAAAAGGUCAAUUGGGAUCAGAAUGUUAGUAAAACAUUACGUGAAGAAUGG